GCUCUUCAAUCGACGCUCAUUGUAGCCAACCCCUCUGGCCAGCACAUUGGGCGCUGGGCACACCUGGGCUAUAAAAGGGAGAAGCAGUUAGGUGAAAACUCCAUGCGCCUGGUUUAGUAGUUGGUUAUGCGGCCAGUGGUCACGCGAAUGCAAUUAAACCAGUGCAACUGACUGGAACAACUGGAUAGUCUGCCGAAGCGCCUCGCUACCGCUGCUGAAUAAGUUCCAGAUUUGCGUUAUUUUAUCCCCAUCGCAGUCGCGUAUUUUCCAGCUUUUAUCCGAGCUACAAUAUAUACAGAAGUUCCGUUCUGUGUAAUUUUCUUACUUUGCAUCGUAUCCGGCACACUGAAAUGAUGACUUCCGAUUCAACCGGUACCAUGAGCAAACGAGUGGCCCAAUCCGCUACGAACCGCAAGAUUUCGAAAGGUGUAAUUGAGCGCAAGCGCCGCGCUAGAAUUAACCAGAGCCUGGCGGAACUGAAGUUUAUUAUUCUGAGUGAGAGCAAAGAUAGAGGACUGCACUCUAAACUGGAUAAAGCGGAAAUCUUGGAGCGAACACUUGCCUUCGUGCAAACAUUACAAAACCGGCAAAACCACCGCCCCGAUGAUUGCGCCAUCCACUCCAGCGCAUACCGCGACGGCUACUUUGCAUGCAUGAAGGACGUCGAUCGCUUUCUUUCCGGCGAGCAUUUCGAUGAAGUGGUCAAGCAGAAGAUUUCGAAUCAUUUAACCUUUUGCUGCCAUGCCGCGGAACGCAUGCUGCAGUUUCCUAAUCAGGACAAUAGCAGCAACUUGACCUUUGCCAAUUCCUAUUCAGUUCUGCCGGCGUACCAUUCGCUAACCAGGAGUCCGGCCUCUUUUCUGCAUAGUGGAUGCGCUGUUGUUCCACAAAGUCCUUCUCCUUCCUUAACAGUUUCCUCCUGUUACAGCAGCACGGGUUAUCCCAGCAGUCCCAUAAAAACGGAAGCGGUGUGGCGACCGUGGUGA